UAAUCAGCAAGUAAGGGGGGAAUCUGGAAAGGCCUAAAGCUAAAAUAGCGUUGGCCUUAGCUCGGGGAAAGGAGUUCCAUCGUCUCCGAUGGGGGGAAUCUGGAAAGGCCUAAGCUAAAGUUGUCUCGAGGGAUCAGGCCGCUCGGUCUCCCAGUUGAAGCCGGCGCGCGCAGCUCCUGAAGAUGGAGAGGAAGGGGGCCUGGUCCCCAGAUCCGGCCGCCGGCGACGAUGGCGAGCCGCCGGGGGCUGAAUUCGAGGUGUUCCUGAACUUCAGAGGACCGGACACUCGCAACAGCUUCACAGACUGCCUCUACCACGCCUUGGACAGAGCCGGAGUCCGAGUCUUUAGGGAUGAGGAGGAGAUCCCCAAAGGCGAGGAGAUCGGACGCGAGCUCCGGCGCGCCAUCGACAACUCCGAGGUCUACGUGACCGUCUUCUCCAGAGACUACGCAUCCAGUGCGUGGUGUCUCCGCGAGCUUGCGCGCAUCGCGAAGAGAUCCAGAGGACCGAGCGGCAAAGUGAUCUUCCCUAUUUUCUUCGACGUGGGUGCUCAAGACGUUAAGCUACGGACUGGACUGUACGACUAGGCCUUGAAAAAGCAUGAGGAUCGGUUCCGCUGCGAUGUGGUGCAGCGGUGGAAGGAUGCUCUGAUAGAGGUCGCUCAUAUCGACGGAUGGGAUUUGAAGAACAAAGGGCAAGGUGCAGUUAUCAAUCAUAUUGUCGAUGAGGUUCUGACCAGACUGAACAAAAGGCUGAGAAAUUUGCCCGACCAUCUAGUUGGAAUUCAUGAUCAUUUGGAGGAAAUGA